AGAUAAUAAAUCAUACAUAACUAAAAUAUUAAGGUAUGGAGACGACUGGGCGUGGGAAAAGGCAAAUGGAAGCUUUGGACAAUCCAAACCGAUUCAUUCAUUUCCAUCAACACACUCUUCUCUUUUUCUCUUACACUCCCUUCUUAGUUUUCGACCACAACAGACUCAUUUGGGAUUUCUAACACUACUUCCUGUUAUUCCAAUCAAGAGCUAAGGAUAUAUAGAGAGUGAGAAGCAAUCAAGAAAAUAGUGAAUUAUGAUUCGGUUGAACAAAGAUACGAGUACCUGUAGUGAAGGUAGUGCCAGUAGUGAGUCUGUUUGUAGUGGAAUAUCUGGAGAAGGGACAAGUAUUCUUGAUCAUGAAAUUGCACAGCUCACAAAACUCAGGUCAAGUCCCUAUGUGCUUUUGGGUCGCAAUAUUCCCGGCCGGAUGAGGUUACCUGCUUCGACCGUAAGAAUGCUAGUAGGUAGAGAAGGUAACUAUUCUGGACAAGGGAGAUUCUCGUCCGCGGAUAGAUGUCAUAUUUUAAGCCGCUAUUUGCCCACCAAAGGUCCUUGGAUUGUGGAUAGAAUGCGAAGCCGUGCCUAUAUUUCACAAUUUUCAGCUGAUGGUUCUCUUUUCAUUGCUGGUUUCCAGGGAAGCCAAAUCAGGGUCUAUGAUGUUGAAAGGGGCUGGAAACUUAAGAAGGACAUCUCUGCACGAAACUUACGGUGGACAAUCACUGAUACUUCUCUCUCACCCGAUCAACAACAUCUUGUUUAUGCUAGCAUGUCACCAAUUGUCCAUAUUUGCACAGUGGGAUCUGCUGUAACACAGUCAAUAGCUAAUGUCACAGAAAUUCAUUAUGGACUAAAUUUCUCUGCCGAUGAAGAUGAAGAUGAAUUUGGUAUUUUCUCUAUCAAGUUCUCAACAGAUGGACAAGAGCUUGUGGCUGCAACCAGUGAUAGCUCAAUAUGUGUUUAUGAUCUUGGAGCUGAUAAACUAAGCCUUAGAAUUCCUGCUCAUAUGUCUGAUGUUAAUGCGGUCUGCUUUGCUGAUGAAUCUGGCAAUAUCAUAUAUUCUGGAAGUGAUGAUAGUUUCUGCAAGGUCUGGGAUAGGCGGUGCUUUGUCACGAAAGGACAACCAGCUGGUACUUUAAUGGGACAUUUAGAUGGCAUUACAUUCAUUGACAGCCGUGGGGAUGGUCGUUAUUUAAUUUCUAACGGAAAAGAUCAAACUACCAAAUUAUGGGACAUAAGGAAGAUGUCUUCUAAUGCCAUAAGCACGGGUCUUGCAGACGAGGAUUGGGAUUAUCGGUGGAUGGACUACCCUGACUAUGCAAGAAAUUUAAAGCAUCCCCAUGACCAGUCGUUGGCAACGUAUAAAGGACACUCAGUGUUGCGUACUCUAAUUCGCUGUUAUUUCUCGCCAUCAUAUACCACCGGUCAAAAGUACAUUUACACCGGAUCCAGUGAUUCGUCGGUUUACAUAUAUGAUUUGGUGAGUGGAGCUCAAGUUGCAAAACUUGACCAUCAUGAGGCACCAGUAAGAGACUGUAGUUGGCACCCUUUCUAUCCAAUUCUAGUCACUUCGGCAUGGGAUGGUGACAUUGUUAGGUGGGAGUUUCCCGGAAGUAAUGAAGCCCCGGCUUCUCCGAAUAGACGAGUAGCUCGCCGGAGAGGCUUUUAUCACAUAUAGCUGUUGUUCUUUGUACAUAUAUAUGGAUGGACAUGCAUCUAAUGCAUGCAAUAUAGGCCCUUUUAAGUGUUACGCUAGUUGUUGCUGCAUUAGCUUAAUGAUGAUAAUAAAAUGUAUAUUUGAAGUGCUUGUUUUAGGUAAGUCUUAAAGUGGUUUUUGAAUUUUUAUUCAGAGUAUUAAAUUGGUUUCUUAACUUUCAAUUGUC